GGUGAACCCAACAGGCAAACACACCCUCCAUAUCUUUCUUUCUCUAUCUGUUAGGGUUUCUCUCCCGCCUCCAAACCCCUAUUAUUUUGUCCAAGCAUCAUAGACUAAUACAACCAUGGCGAAGAAGAAUGAGAAGUCGGUGAACGUAUCCGGAAAGCCUAAGCAUUCCCUUGAUAGCAAUAGAGAUGGCAGCGGAAGUAAAGGCGGCCGUAGCGCCGCCACUGUGCGGCGGCUUAAGAUGUACAAUACGAGACCUAAGCGUGAUACUAGGGGAAAGGUCGUAAAACACGACUUGCAAUCCAAGGAGCUACCCUCCACUCGGAUUCAACCCGAUCGCCGAUGGUUCGGCAAUACACGAGUAGUUAAUCAGAAAGAGCUAGAAUUCUUCCGUGAAGAGCUACAAAGUCGGAUGUCCAGUAGCUACAAUGUAAUUUUGAAGGACAGAAAAUUGCCAUUGUCUCUUUUAAAUGAUCAUCAAAAGCAAGCAAGAGCUCACCUGCUUGACACCGAGCCUUUUGCUGAUGCCUUUGGUCCUAAAAGGAAGAGGAAACGCCCAAAGCUUAUGGCAUCAGAUUAUGAGUCGCUUGCAAAGAAAGCUGAUGUUUCUCAAGAUGCUUUUGAGGAGAAGUUUGGUGCAAGCAACCCAGGGGAAGGAGAUGAAGAUUCUUUUAGAGACCUAGUGCGACACACUAUGUUUGAGAAGGGUCAAAGUAAACGCAUAUGGGGUGAGCUCUAUAAAGUGAUAGACUCAUCAGAUGUCGUUGUUCAGGUAUUAGAUGCUAGAGACCCGCAAGGUACACGAUGUUUCCAUCUGGAGAAACAUUUGAAAGAAAAUUGCAAACAUAAGCACAUGAUUCUUCUACUGAACAAGUGUGAUUUAGUUCCUGCUUGGGUAACUAAAGGGUGGCUUAGGGUUCUUUCCAAAGAAUAUCCCACAUUAGCAUUCCAUGCAAGUGUCACCAAGUCCUUUGGCAAGGGCUCUCUUCUGUCAGUAUUGAGGCAGUUUUCUCGGUUGAAGAGUGACAAACAGGCAAUAUCCGUGGGCUUUGUUGGGUAUCCUAAUGUUGGUAAAUCAUCUGUUAUCAACACAUUGCGAACAAAGAAUGUCUGCAAAGUGGCUCCUAUUCCAGGAGAGACUAAAGUAUGGCAAUACAUAACACUUACCAAGCGGAUUUUCUUGAUUGACUGCCCUGGUGUUGUUUACCACAGUAAUGAUUCUGAAACAGAUAUUGUCUUGAAGGGUGUGGUACGUGUGACAAACUUGCAUGAUGCUUCUGAGCACAUAGGUGAAGUGCUAACCCGUGUGAAAAAGGAGCAUAUUGAAAGAGCAUAUAAGAUAAAGGAAUGGGAGGAUGAAAAUGACUUUCUUCUUCAGCUAUGCCGGGGAACAGGCAAACUGUUGAAGGGAGGGGAACCCGACGUUAAGACUGCUGCAAAGAUGGUUCUCCAUGACUGGCAGAGAGGCCGGAUACCGUUCUUCGUGCCACCCCCGAAGAUAGAUGACGAUGCAAAAGAGGACAAUGAGCUUGGUGGAGAGGAAGAGGAUGCCGCGGCAGCUAGAAGAGCCAUUGCAGAUGUAAUAUCAUCACAGCAGCUAAGUGAUGUUCCUGUUCAGACAGAUCUGUACAGUGAGAGUGAGUUGCUGGGUGAGACUAGCGAAAAGCUUCCUGAGAAUGAGCCCUAGGCUCCUCUACUGCCCUGCCAGCCAUUGUAGUGCUGCUGCUACUGGCCAUUAUUUUUGUCAUUUGCUAAUUUGAUUUGACAACCCAACCUAAAAUUAUGGUUGUUAUGCUUCCUUAUUUUAUCUGUCCUAUUUACUAUAUACGGUGUAUUAGUCAAUUACACUUUUUAUUUGUUUGGUUUUUAUUUUCUUUUAACAUUAUUUUUAUACAGAGUAAUUUUU